ACACCACCACUAACAAAUCUAUCCAUCCUAAAAAGACUUGGUCUCUUCACUCUCUGCCUUUCUCAUUUAUCCAAAGGUCGCCUUCUCCUUCUGUCUCUCUCUUACGCUCUCAAUCUCAGGUUCCGCUGCUUUUCCAUUUCUCUCUGCAACCAUGAGUGACAAGUUAUGCCCGCUCUGUACUGAGGAGAUGGAUUUGACAGAUCAGCAAUUGAAACCAUGCAAAUGUGGUUAUGAGAUUUGUGUUUGGUGCUGGAAUCACAUCAUGGAAAUGGCAGAAAAGGAUAAUACUGAGGGUCGCUGCCCGGCAUGCCGCACAUCCUAUGACAAAGAAAGAAUUGUGGGAAUGGCUGCAAACUGUGAAAGAUUGGUUGCUGAAAUAAAUUCAGAGCGAAAACUAAAAUCACAGAAGGCAAAGCCAAAACUAUCUGAAGGAAGGAUGCAUCUUAGCAAUGUUAGAGUUAUUCAAAGGAAUCUAGUGUACACAAUUGGAUUACCGCUCAACCUUGCAGAUGAAGCUGUUCUUCAGCGAAGAGAGUACUUUGGCCAAUAUGGAAAGGUGUUGAAGGUGUCUAUUUCUAGAACAGCGACUGGGGUUAUUCAACAUUCUUCAAACAACAGUUGUUGUGUGUAUAUAACAUAUGGGAAAGAGGAGGAAGCUGUUCGCUGUAUUCAGUCAGUGCACAGUUUUGUCUUAGAAGGAAGAACCUUAAGGGCAUGUUUUGGAACCACCAAGUACUGCCAUGCAUGGCUUAAAAACAUGCCUUGCAGCAUUCCAGAUUGUUUAUAUUUGCAUGAGUAUGGUGCUGAGGAAGAUAGUUUUACAAAAGAUGAUUUAGUUUCUGCAUUUACAAGGAGUAAAGUUCAGCAAAUUGUUGGCGCUACGAUUAAUUUGCAUCGGCGUUCAGGAAAUGUCUUACCACCCCCUGUGGAUGAGUAUACUGAUAGAAACAUAUCAUCAACAGUCAAACUCGACUCCAAAAGUUCUUUAAAUCGGAAUAUUGGAAAUUGUGAUAGUGGAUCUUGUGCCGAUAGUGAUACUCCUGCACUGGCCUCAUGGGUUACGUGUGUAUCUUCUGGUGCACCACUGGUGACAAAUUUGUCAGGUUCAGGUGGAACGCUGGGUCCUGAAACAUCAACUCGUCCCCAAGUUUUUGGAUCUGAAGUUGUGAGCACCAAAAAAUAUAGUGAUGUUAAAAGAACCAUGAUACCUGAAGGAAGUCGCGAACUGCAUCCUACCCUUGUGAUGUCUACCGAUAUUACUAUACCACCUGCCGGUGCAAGCUCUUCAGGACUUGCCAAACCAUCCUGUACUGCUCUGCAUGAAGAUGAAAAUUUUCAUCCGGAUGGAGACAUUCAGGGAUUAUGCUCUGCAUUAUCGUCAAUUAGCAUUGAUAGCCAUCUUAAGAAUGAGAACUCUAAUCCAGUCAUUUCACAAAGUUCAGUUUAUGAUCAUAAACCCUUAAGUCAAUAUUCACAACAAGAUAUGGACUUACUUAUGAAGUCUUCGGCAUUACCAGCACUAAGGGAAAACUCGGUUGUGAAGGAAUCAUCAAGUUUCAAUGAUCAGCAGCUCACAGCUUCUGGAGACACCAAUAAUCUACCAUCCUUGUCUUGUCUACUUUCUUCAGAGCAGUAUUUGAAAGAGUCAAGAUGUCAUUCUUGGAAGCAGGAUGAGAUUAGUCAUCAGAGUUCUGUUGAUGCCUAUCCAAGCACCGCACACAUUAAAUGUGAAGCUGCUGCUCUUCCCUUGAGAUCUGGCCAGUCAGUGCUGUCCAAUGGGUUCUGUGACAAUCAACCUAGAAGUUGCGUGCAAAUGGAUGGGACUUCUAACUAUUCUAAUGUCUUGCCAGUCGUGGGAUUAGGGAAGUACUUGGAAGGAUGUGAUAAUUUUGAAGCCAAUGCUAACAAUAAAGUUGCCCCGGAUAUAGGAGAAAGCAGCAUUAUCUCAAGUAUUCUGUCUAUGGAUUUUGAUGCAUGGGAAGAUACAUUGACAUCACCUCAGAGUUUAGUUAAGUUGCUAGCUGAAACUGAUAGACAGCAUAAUUCCCUGAGAAUACCAAGUUUAAGAAGAGUAAAAGAUAGCAAUCAGUCAAGGUUCUCAUUUGCCAGACAGGAUGAUUUCUUUAACCAAGAGUCUAAUUUUGGGCAUUCGGUUGCUGAUGCAAUCUGCAAUUCAUCUAGUUUUUGUCAUUCUAAUGAGAAAAAGGACUUUUGCAUGGACAGACAUUAUGAUAUUUCAAAUGGUAGUUCUCUGGAAUCCAAUAGUUCUCUAAGCAGCCAUCCUUUUUUAGCUUCUAAAUUUUCUGUUUCCAAAGUUCCCACAUCUCCACAAGGAUUUUCACUUCCAAGCAGAUCAGUACCACCAGGGUUUCCUGCUAAUGGGGCAGUGAACUGUGAUGCAAACCAUUUGCUACAAAACUCUGCACCAUUAUCUAGGAAUGCAGGCGGCUCCAUUGAUGUUGAAUUCAUGGAUCCUGCAACAAUGGAAGCUGGUAAUGGGAUCCAGGCAGUGAGGAUGAAUAAUUCAGGCUUUGAUAUGAGGCCAGCUUUGUUGCCACAUCUUGGUCCUUUUAAUCAUGAUAUGGAGCUUCAGAUGUUGAUGCAGCAACCAAUUUCUGUCAAACAGAACCCUAGGUUCCUGGAUCACUUCAGGAAUAGAUUCUCUCCCCCAGACGAUGCCUACAAUAUUUCAUCAAUGCUUCUUGGUCAAUCCCCACCCAACAAUCCAUCUCCAUUUGCACAAGUGAUGCCUGAACAGGUUAGAAAUUUGAACAUGUCCCAUGGCCGUUGGGGUGGUUGGGAUGAAACCAAGAGUGUUGGUAAUCUAGGCAUGUCUGAAUUAUUUGUGAAUGGGAGGCUGGGAUUCAAUAAAAUUAUUCCGAGCCACGAGGACUUGAAGUAUCAGAUGUCCACUUCCAGUAAUCUAUACAACAGAGGAUUUGCUUUGUAAUUUUUGUUGAAAUUGGAAUUCCUCCUUGAUGUUGCAUGGAGCCAGGAAUGUGGCUGGAAGACUUGGUGUGAGUUGCCCUCAUUUUGAAUGAGGUUGAGUUUUUCGAUUAAAGCACAUUGGUUUGUUGACAAACACCAGAAUUGAAAGUGGAGUCCAAAGGAUCUGUUUGUCUAGAGUGGCAGGCUCGAAGGAUUGACACAGUUGUCUAGA